UCUACACUUUAAAAGCAUCGAAAUAAUUCAAGCUUUAAAUAUUCACGCGGUCUAUAUUAUAAACGAAAAAAAUAUCUCUACAUUAGAAGGAAAAAUUUUAUUUAUUCAUUCAUAAAGUUAUGUGGAAUUAUGAGACCUGUUCAGAGGAGACAACAAGGCUUACAAUACGGCGUUUAUUUAUUGGCUAUGCAAGCUUUAAACUUUGGUGUUGAUAAAAUUCCACCGGCUACUUUAAUUACAAUUAUUGGACAAGUUUUACUAUAUGUUGGUUUGAUAAAAGUUCCAUGGAAUGCAGAAGAAGUUUGUAUAUCUGCAAUAAAAGUAUUUAAAUAUUAUGAUUGGAAUUCUUUCAUAGUAUCAAAUUUUGAACAUGGUUCAGAUAUGCACUUAUAUUAUAAUAUGAUAUCUUUGAUUUUAAAAGGCUCAUAUUUAGAACCUAUGUAUGGUGCAAUGAAUUUUGUUACUUUACUGGCUAUUUUUUCACUUGGAUGUAGCGCUAUGUAUGCAGGUUUAGGAUAUGGUUUAAUGCAAUUAACUGGAGAUUAUGGAUAUUAUACCCAAUGUGCUAUUGGGUUUUCUGCUGUUUUGUUUGCAUUAAAAGUACUUCUAGUGUGCGAAGAACACGAUAGAAUUCAUGAUGUGGGUGGAUUUAGAGUUCCUAGUAAAAUUGCUGUUUGGGUUGAACUAAUUUUAAUUCAUCUUUUAGUUCCACAAUCUUCAUUUAUAGGACAUCUUGGAGGUAUUUUGGUUGGUUGCUUAUAUUGUUACACUUUUAUUGGUGAAAUAAUUGAUAAUAUAAUAGGUACUGUAACUGGUACUCCUAUUAUACAUGAAGAACAAUUUUAUAGGAGACGUAGUUCAUUUCUUAGAUGA